CCCAAUUUCUGCCCGUUGCCAUGAAUCAGAGCGCUUGCCCGUUUCUGGUACGGUUCAUUGCGAUACGCGGAGAUUUCCUCUUACUUCGAGCUUUUGAUGCACCAAAGGUCUGUUUCCAUAGACAAUAAUACCCAUGUGUAGAAAAGAUAAGUAGUCCCCUCUCCCUUCUCAUUCUGGUUGAAAGUCACACACUCGACUACUCAACUUCAUUUAUACCCAAUCUUCCAUUGCCUUUCUCUUCGUCCCUUUCCUUGCCUCUCUUUCUUGAGCUCUCGCCCCUUACCACUACAUCGGAGCAUUCCUUCACUGUUCAAUUCGACAUUCGGCUUCCUUACAUCAGGUAUAACCUAGAUUGUCAGGAUGACUGAACUCAAGUCUCACAAUGGCUACUAUCUGUGGCACUAUCUUCCCUCGACCCCCGCGGCAGUUAUCUUCUGCAUCCUCUUCAUAAUCGCCACGGUCGCGCACUUAUGGCGCUUGUGCAAGACUCGCGCCUGGUUUUGUCUCGCCUUUACCAUCGGGGCUUUUUUCGAAGUUAUUGGCUUUGGCGCGCGAGCGGCUGCCCAUAACCGAACCGAUGCACUCAUGCCCUACAUCAUCCAGAACUUAUUUAUUCUCCUCCCGCCUGCCCUCUUCGCUGCCUCCAUCUACAUGACCCUCGGCCGAAUCAUCAACGCUGUCAAUGGAGGGCAUCUUUCUAUCAUCCGACCAACAUGGCUCACCAAGAUUUUCGUGGGCGGCGAUGUCUUCUCUUUUAUGGUCCAGGGCGGAGGUGGUGGAAUGAUGGCUGGUGGGGAUCAAAGCAAGGUCAAGCUCGGCCAGAACAUGAUUUUGGGCGGUUUGGGCAUCCAACUCCUCAUGUUUGGGCUCUUCUGGCUUACAGCUGUCCUCUUCCACCUUAAGAUUCGCAAGAAUCCGACAACCGAGAGCUACACCAUUGACGCCAAAUGGGAGCAGUAUCUGGGUAUGCUCUACAUGGUCAGUGCAUUGAUCAUGAUAAGGAGCAUCUUCCGUGUUGCGGAGUAUGUGAUGGGCAACGAUGGUUAUCUUCUGAUGAAUGAGUGGCCGCUGUAUGUGUUCGAUGCGACGUUGAUGUUUGGUGUGACGGUGUUGUUUUACUGGAGACAUCCAGGCGCCCUCACGGCUGCGAAGAUCCACGAUGCAGAGCGUGUUCAGCUUGAAAGCAUGAGCUCGAAAGCAUAAGUUCGAAACCUCGAUCGGGUUAUAGAAGGGAGAAUCGAGAGUGUUUUUCAUUUGUCAUCUACUAUAGUUUUAUUUGCUGUGGCGUUAUUAGAGGAUUUUGAUAUAGUUGUUUUUGAAUAGCGAGAUAGCACCCAUUCGAUAUAGUUACCAAAUAAGACAUGCUGCC